AGAUGAUUUCAGCACCGCCGGGUGCUGACUUAGUUAUAGUUAGUAAUAGUUCCAAUUGCCGCUCAACGUUCAGCAUGGUGUAAAGCUAAAAGAAAGAGAUCAUCUAACAAUAGAAAUUUCUCUACAGAGGUCGCGCCGCCCUCAUCUUUUUUUGCGAUAUUUUUGCUCACAACUUCAACUUUCUUUGUCUCUCCUUCGUUCGUUUUUUUUUGAAGACCCGAUGUCCAUGUCCUCAUGAUUUAGUAAUACUUCAAUGCCUCAAAUUUAGGCCCUAAAUGAUGCGACGAGUAGAGUCGAUUGUAGUUUACAGAUUCAGAUUCACAAAAAGGAUAUAGCAUUGAUUUAUUUGUGCUCAUACCCUAUUUCCAAUUAUCUGUCUCUGUGUCAGCAAGAAAGUUAAAGAUGGAGUACGACGCCGAUCCGUUCCAGGCGUUAGGGAUCUCCCGUUCCCUGAGCCCGGCGCGGGCCCGCAAGAUCUACAAGCAGCUCUGCCUCCAGCACCACCCUGACAAGGCGGCGAAGGAUCCGAUAUCGCAGGAAAAGGCGAACCAAAAGUUCGCCGAUAUUCAGGCCAAUUAUGAGAAGAUCCAGCAGGAGCACAAGGUAUGGGGCUGGACCAUGGAGGGCGGCAAAUCCAGCGGCACGACGCCUACCGCGGGAGGAGGAGGUGCCUACCAUCACCACAACUUCUCUAUCCCAUAGAAGUGUUUUGUACCUGGGCUAGCAUGAGCAUACACUUUCAGAUUCAGACGGAUAAUUUGCAUGUAGGCUGCUCCUGGAAUUUUUAUUUUAUUUAUAUACUGAAUUGCUUCACGAUGCGAGAUUGAGAUACCUUCCGUGAUGACACAUGCAACAUCACACGUACGAAGAAAAUAAGUACAUAACUCUCAUCUUGCAGUAGCAUGGAUUGGUCCUGGUCGAGUUUGUUUGUUUCUUUUCUGGCUGCCAACAAAAUAAAGACGUCGUUGAAUAUGCUAGUCCAAGAGUCCUUCCCUUUGAUAACCUCACACACCCACUCGACGGCGAGCGGCAGCGCCAGCUCCAGCUUCUUCAACUAUUACGCGAACAAAGAGAAUUACGCGGAACGGGAUCCCUACGCCGGCCGCCCCCGCGGCUACAAUCCGAUGUACGUACCUCAAGCCUCUUCCGGCUCGGAGCCCGAGCCGCCAGUUGGCGUGCACCACCCUCGCAUGCCAAGUAGUACCAACCCGCCUCGUCCUCCACCCCCGCCGAAAGCAAACCACACCGGGAUGAGCGCCAUGGGCGCGCGAGGGCAUGGAAGGUAGAAAAGAAACUCUAUCGUUGUGAAAGUGUCAUGACUUCUCAAAAUUGAUCAAUCGUCCGCGUCGGGCUCGUUUUUACUUCAUUUGUUGAAUGCAUUGCAUCAUCAUCAGAUGAAAUGUUGACACGGCGCCUGCUCGUCAUCUUGUCCGGCGUCAGCAUAUCGUCAAUUUUUCCCUUCGUCAUGGUAAAAAUUCAUUUUGAUUUAUUUCACAGGUGGAAUGCAAAGGCGGAGUCAACUAACGUGUUCGGGAAUCCUUCCACACGAGCGGGGUACGACAACCCGCUCUUUCGGGCGAGAAAGCGAACCAGGGAAGAAGCCAUGGGCGCAGCAGCGUCCAGCACAAGCGGGCCCGGUACGAAAAACGCCCAUCAGGAUCAGCAUGCGAGCAAAGCGGGUGGAAACCCUGCCAGUAGUAGCAGUACUUCAAACUAUAACACGAGGAAUAAUUACAACUCGGGAAUCCCGGGGUACCAGCGACGUGACGAGUCCAACCUGCGGGACGAGUACAAACGACCCGGACCAAUAUGAAUUGGAGUUCCAUCAUGGCGCCGCAUUUGUCGUCGUGGUCGUCUACCUCAGCUCAGCACCUCUUUAGCCUGCAGCCACAACCUAAGGUCUACUACGUGUACACAUUGAGUUAUGCUUGUUCUGCUGCUUGUGUCACACACUAUUUGCAUCACGAUGCGCAAAAUCAUGAUAGGGUCGCAAGUGGAGUGUUGCACUCUAACACUACUGGUGCCUAGGGUGUAUUUUUCAUCCCAUUCUUCUUUGCAUUAUUUCUGGUCUCCUCCAGUACCGUUCGUGAACAACAUGCGCUGUUGAUUCAUGCUCGAAGAUCAACAUCCGUUCGUGCGAUUGAAUACAAAACGAGGCCGAGGAACACGGUCACGGUCACAGUGCCGGGACAAAAUAAAUACUAAAAAAGAUAGGUACGUAUGAUUUAAUGUUGGCAUGAUCUGGAUUCACAUGCAUCUUUGUAGUGCAAUCUUUGGUUGUUGUCACUUAAGACGUUAAACGCAAAGUAGACGUUCACGUACACGACGACGAAGAUGCGACUCUCGCGAAUUUGGUUCGGAUAAUUUCGGAACGAAGAUGAGGAGGAACGCGAACUGGACAGAGACGAAGAGCGGGUACCAUACCUGCAGCUGCUGCUUGAUUUGUUUCUAUGAACGGAAAACUGAUAAAUUCACUUUCUAACUACACAUACUGUUUUUAGUCGAAGAUGAAGCGAAGAUGUUCCAAGUCGGCUUUUGUGAUUGCUGCGCGUGUAGUACUGUCCGCUUCUAUAAUCGUCUCCAACAAAUUCGAAUACAGCACAAGCAGCAGAACAACCAGCGUGCUCGCGAGAUGCGGCGGAUGACGGACAAGGAAGCGAUACGAAAGAAAAAACGCAAUAAUGACAUAACAGUCAAGCUUUGUCGACUGCGGGCAAGGAUCAUGGGCGCAAAAUUCGUGCUGAUCCCCUACCACCCCCACGUUCUGGAUGCUAUGGUCGUCCCCGGCAGGAGCAAAAACGGUAUUGACCUAUGUGUUUUUUGAAGAGGCCCGGCAUCGGAACUUCUUGUUUCUCACGACUUCAAUGAUGUAUGAGAGUAGAUACAAAAUAUAAACAGUCGCAGCUGAAGAUAAUGAUGAACUUGGUCUCGAUCCUCGAAAAAUGCAGAAGCGUGACGCUCAAAAAUAUUAAUAAUAAUAUUGUGAUGUCCUUCGCUGUGAUUAUAGUUAUAGAAUAGAUCCUCGUCUCAUCAGAAAAAGAGGUCGAGAAUAAAUUAAUGUAGUACUACUAGUACGCUCUACCCUAUGGCCGGGUAGCGACAGAAAAAUGAAAAUUCCAUUAUACCUUCUUCCAAAAAACAAGGUGGCAGCGGAAAGCAUGCGUAUACCCGAAAGAUGGCACGGAACAAUCUGAAAGUGAGCAACGAACAGAUGCUGGUCUCUGAGAGCCUGAACUAUCCGGAAAUGCUCGUUAUCGAGGACCGGAGCACGAACGGCACCAGCAUCGACGGACUGCGGAUUAUGCCUGGCGCCGACGACCAGAAAAAAUGCGCGCUUGCCAAACCCGGCUCCAUGGUGAGCAUCGGGCUCAAGCUGACGGAGAAGGGAGCCUCGCGGAACCGCAGAGACCUUCAGGGCAACGAAUUUCUGGAGGACGACUGUGAUGGCGAUCACUUGAUGAACAUGUGGGUGGAGUAUACGGGGAACUUGGGCCGGUUCGAACGAACCGAGGUGGAAAGCAUAUUUAACCAGCUCGAGAAGACGAAGUAUACGAAGGACAUGCUGUCCAAGACCGGCCUGGCGCGGGAGAUUCGGUACUGGGCCGACAACCCGGUGAUCCAGCGUAAGGAUAAAGAGAUCAGCGAACGCGCGCAACACAUCUUCGAUACCUGGAGAGAGCAAAUUAGGACAGAAACGGUGGGAACGGGAGCAGCGGCAUGAAGCUGAAGCAUGACCUUGUCCUUGACUCCCACUUCUAGCGACCAGGUUGUCAACCCCGACGACGAAGACGAGCCAGACGUUUGCUUGGCCGUGAUGCGAAAGAAGGAGUUCUGUCACGCCGCCGGCGCAUCAGGAAUAGAUGCUAGAUGGAUCGAGCGCGGCCCCUGUGAUGCCGACCAGUAGCACAGCCAGAACUAGAAGAAGACAUGGAAGAAAUAAAAGAAAAGCGACCACGACGACCCACCCCUUCGCAGUGCGACUUUCACGACCUUCGAUGUCAUUUACGAGAGAAGUCUGCAGUAUUCUACCCCCAGGCAGCCGGAGCUGCAGCAGAUCCGGCGUCCAGACUGGCAUCGAGCAACACGCGAUUACGACUACGAGGGGAAAUUCCAAAAAUAAGUAGUCUUCCUAGCUAUGAGUAUGUUGAGGAUGAAGAACAACUACGACCUUAAAAAGCAUGCAAAUCCGUUCGGAAUGUUGUAGAUGAAGAAAGAAUGAAAGGUUUUGCUAAGUGAUGUCUCUGGAGCUGGACGGGCAAAAAAUGUAUAUUUUCUGACCCCUAGUACAUCUCCGUCCUUCCUCCCUCCACAAACACUUCCACUUUCACUACAUCACUAGUAUUCAUCAUGAUUCUGAACUGCACACGACAAAGACGACACGUGAGUUGACGCAAAAAUGGAAAUGUAAACAAUGUAGCUCGCCCCAGCUGCGGUAGGUACACGACGGAGAAAAUAAAAAAGUUUGCAGAUACACAGGGCGGCCAGAUGACCUCCUCUUGCUUCAUUCCUCUUUCGCGAG